AUGCAGUACCCCCUGUCUCCCAGCAGAGUGUGCCAGUCUGAGUCAUGCAGUACCCCCUGUCUCCCAGCAGAGUGUGCCAGUCUGAGUCAUGCAGUACCCCUGUCUCCCAGCAGAGUGUGCCAGUCUGAGUCAUGCAGUACCCCCUGUCUCCCAGCAGAGUGUGCCAGUCUGAGUCAUGCAGUACCCCUGUCUCCCAGCAGAGUGUGCCAGUCUGAGUCAUGCAGUACCCCCUGUCUCCCAGCAGAGUGUGCCAGUCUGAGUCAUGCAGUACCCCUGUCUCCCAGCAGAGUGUGCCAGUCUGAGUCAUGCAGUACCCUCUGUCUCCCAGCAGAGUGUGCCAGUCUGAGUCAUGCAGUACCCCUGUCUCCCAGCAGAGUGUGCCAGUCUGAGUCAUGCAGUACCCCUAUCUCCCAGCAGAAGUGUGCCAGUCUGAGUCAUGCAGUACCCCUGUCUCCCAGCAGAGUGUGCCAGUCUGAGUCAUGCAGUACCCCCUGUCUCCCAGCAGAGUGUGCCAGUCUGAGUCAUGCAGUACCCCUGUCUCCCAGCAGAGUGUGCCAGUCUGAGUCAUGCAGUACCCCCUGUCUCCCAGCAGAGUGUGCCAGUCUGAGUCAUGCAGUACCCCCUAUCUCCCAGCAGAGUGUGCCAGUCUGA